CCUAGGUCCAUAACCAGUCCAAGGUUUUGCGGGUAAAUACCAGAGAUCUCAGGGGCACCUCGCAAAAAACAAAAUUCACCAAAAUGAACAAACAAUAGUAAAAAUUAGAAAACCGGAGAAGAAAAGAAAGAGUGAGUGAGUGUGUGUGUAAAAAACAGAAAAAGGUAGUAAGAAGCAAAAUAAAUCCCGUCGUCGAAAUCUUCCCAAUCUGCAUCAAUAGAAACCCUAACCAUUGGGUAGGUGUUUCUCCUGCUCCUCCUCCUCCUCCUCCGACCGCCACCACCAUGGAUGCCAUAAGGAAGCAGCUGGACGUGUUAAUGGGAGCAAAUCGGAACGGUGAUGUCAGAGAGGUCAACCGCAAGUACUACGAUCGAGACGUCUGCCGCCUCUACCUCGUCGGUCUCUGCCCACACGAACUCUUCCAGCUCACCAAAAUGGAUAUGGGUCCAUGCCCCAAGGUUCACUCCUUGCAGCUUCGGAAAGAAUAUGAGGAAGCAAAAGCGAAAGGGACAGAUAAUUAUGACAGAGAGUUGGAGGAUGUUAUAGACAAGCUCAUUGGUGAAUGCGAUAGGAAGAUUGGUAGAGCUCUGAAGCGUCUUGAGGAUGAAGAUGCAAAAGCGGCAAUUGCAAUUUCAGUCUCUGAAGUUACUCAGACUCCUGAGGUGCUCGAGUUGUCAAAAGAAAUCAAGGAGAAGUUGAAAGAAGCUGAUCAAUAUGAUCUUGAAGGCAAGACAGAUCUCAAGAUUCGUGCUUUAGAGGUUGUGGAAGAACUUAGAACUAAAAGAGCGGACAAGCAGUCCAUGCUCCUGUUAGAUGCCUUUAACAAAGACAGGGCAUCUUUACCUCAACCUCUGCCAAAUCCACCUCCUUUGGCUCCCAUUCCUGUUGCUGCUCCUGAUCCUCGAACUCAAGAGAUGAUAAAUGAGAAGUUGAAGAAAGCCGAGGACCUUGGCGAGCAAGGAAAGGUUGAUGAGGCGCAAAAAGCAUUGGAAGAAGCCGAAGCACUUAAGAAGCUUCCGGCAAGGCAGGAGCCUGUAGUGGAUAAUUCAAAUUCUUCAAAAUAUACAGCUGCUGAUGUGCGGAUUACUGAUCAGAAGCUACGCGUGUGUGACAUAUGUGGAGCAUUUUUGAGUGUUUAUGACAGUGAUCGCCGCUUAGCUGAUCAUUUUGGAGGGAAACUCCAUUUAGGGUAUAUGCAGAUUCGAGAGAAGUUAGCAGAACUCCAGGAGGAGAGGACCAAGAGCCGGAAGUCACUUGAUGACAGGAGAUCAAAAGAAAGGAGUAGGGAUCGUGAGCCAAGUAGGGACCGGGAUCGAGGUGACAGUCGUGAACGAGGGCGAGACUAUGAUCGUAGGAGCAGAGACCGCGAUAGGCAUCACGACAGAGAUCGUGGAUAUGAUAGAGAACGUGACAGAGACUAUGAUCGAUCGAGACGUCGGAGGUCCCGCUCAAGAUCACGAGAGAGAUCCAGGGACUAUGAUCGCCACAGGCGCUAUGAUCGGUACUAGGUAUUUGAUGUGGAUCAUUUGGAUUAUGAUAUAAUAUUUUAGUAGCCUGGUGUCGGACAAAAUAAUUUUGCAAUUUGUGUUGAGAGGAUUCUCCAAUGAUGGAUGUAACUUGAGCUUUAGGUGUAGCUUUAUGGUUUUGAUGGAUUGAUGUUGGUUCAGAGCUAUUGAGUCCGCCUUGUAAUUUGCCUACUUGGAUCACUUCAUCGACAUUUGCACUUUUUAAAAUAGUUGGUUUAUUGUGUUAA